AUGUCCCAGACACCUCCACAAAUUCUACGAAUCAAGCGUAAAAGAGGGGAAGAUCCUCUUCAAGCAUUGAUUUUGGAGGGACGCCAAUCGUCAAAAAGAUCUAAACCGGCUACUCCACGAGCCUCUGCUCACCCUUCUCCUUCUCGUGAGCAGCAAAACUGGUUAUUUCACCUAGAACGUACGGAGGAAUCCUCCCAAAAUCAAGCAGAUCUUGAGUCUCUAUUGGCCGAAUCCAAGAACGACAGGAAGGAUGCUCGUCAGUUCGUCAUUCCCAAGAAACAUACCCUAGAGGACUCGCUCAUCCCCAAUGAGCUUACAGACAUGGUGGCCAACUUCUUGACCGUCAAUGAGCCCACGACACGGAAAAAGAGAAAGUCUGGAAAACCUGUGACUUCAGAUCAACCCGAGACACCUGCUGCCCCCAAAGCACAGGCUGAAUAUGAUACUUCAGAUGACUACGUCUUUGACACCUACAAACUCUCUGCCCAGGAGCCAUUGACCGAAGCAAACUACCCGAAAUCUCAAAUUGGCUAUAUCAGAUUCUUUGACGAUGAAAACUACGACCUCAUGCAGCUGGACGACGACAGUGUUCCCAACAAGUCUGACGACGAGGACUCCAAUGCAGAAUCCUUCUAUCAGAAUGACUACCCAGAAGACGAAGACGCCGGUGCCUUCAGUGACAGCUACGCAAAUUUUGAGGACGACAUCGAUGAAACGGGUGUGGUAGCACUAGAAACUCCAGAAGAGUUUGAAGGCACGAGUCAACUUCUGAGGGGAGCUGAUGAAUUCGAUACCCUAUACGACGACUUUAUGAACAGAGCAGGUGAGUCUUAUGACCCCGAUGAAACUUAG